CAUGUCAAGCCAACCAACAGAUUCUUAAUGGCCUUGACCACCCGCGGUUUCGGCAGCGCUCUUCAACCCCGCAACUAACCUCGCAAUGCCUCCAAAGCGAAAAGCAAACUUUUCGUCGCCGAGUGCCAGCAAGUCGAAGAGGGACUCAAGGGUUUCAACGCCAGUGUCUUCGGCACAGAAGACUACAAGUGAUAAAUCCAAAGACCGAGAUGAAACGGCCAAAGGGCCCGGCGAGCUGAGCAGGCUGGCCGCCAACAAUGCUCAGAGAUUUGACCUUACCGAUUUCCCGUACACUCUGCCGCCAGGCAUCACCGAUAUAGCAUCGGCAUACUUCCAGCCCGCGCAGAAGCGAGAUUUCACCGAUCUUGCCCUGAAGGCCAACCAUCAGAACUUGCCUCUAUGGAUUGAUGGGUCGGGGAAGAUUACUCUCGAGAACUUCCACGAGAAAGCGCGUCGUGUACAGGAGUUUCUGAUAGCCGUCGCCGAACCGACCUCGCGACCUAGAUUCAUGCAUGAGUACAAACUCACCAUCCACAGCCUUUACGCCGCAGUCUCCGCUGGGUUAACGACGAAGGACAUCGUCACCACACUUGAACGCUUCUCCAAGAACGGCUUGCCUCCUAAUAUCGCCGAGUUCAUCACGGAAUGCGGUAAGAGCUAUGGGAAGGUCAAACUGGUGUUGAGGAAUACCAAGUAUUUCCUAGAAACCACCGACGGGGCCUUGCUUCAGCAGCUACUCAAAGACCCCGAGAUCAGUCUCUGCCGAGUCGAGGGCGCAGAAGCAACCCGUACCAGCGCUCCUACCAUUGCGGGCCUUGCCAUUCCCGGGACCAAGGAGGCCGCAGGGAUGCGCGAGGCUGAGGGACUGAAUCACGGGGUAGUUAGGCGGCGACGAUCUGGGCACAGCGGUAUGGCGGAAGAUAUAUACGCGUUAUUGAAUGAAGACGACGACGAUGCGGAUGAGCACGACAUCACCCACGCGAUUGAAAUCAAAGAUGACAAAGUCAGCGCAGUUGCCGCACGAUGUUUGGCACUGCACUAUCCUGCACUCGAGGAGUACGAUUUCAGGCACGACAACGUCAAUCCCGAUCUCGAGAUCGACCUGAAACCGGCAACACAGAUCCGGCAAUAUCAAGAACAGUGUCUUAGCAAAAUGUUCGGCAACGGCCGGGCAAAAAGCGGCAUUAUCGUGUUGCCUUGUGGCGCCGGCAAGACCUUGGUUGGAAUUACAGCAGCCUGUACGAUCAAAAAAGGUAUUGUUGUUCUAGCCACGGGCAGCAUGUCGGCGAUCCAAUGGCGCGAUGAAUUCAUCAAGUGGACAAACAUCAAACCGAGCAGCAUUUCAAUCUUCUCCUCGGAUCAAAAGUCUACAUUUGCCGGGACCACUGGAGUUAUCGUGACAACCUACUCGAUGGUGACAAACACCCGGAACCGUGCUCGCGAUGCGGCCAGCAUGAUGGAAUUCCUUGGAAGCCGGGAAUGGGGCCUUGUAAUUCUUGACGAAGUACACGUCGUGCCUGCGCAAACUUUUAGACGAGUUGUUGGUUCCAUCAAGGGACAUUCGAAGCUCGGCCUGACAGCCACCCUUCUCCGCGAGGAUAGGAAAGUUGAUGAUCUCAACUGCCUGAUUGGGCCCAAGCUGUACGAAGCGAAUUGGAUGGAACUAUCUCAACAAGGCCACAUCGCUAGAGUCCAGUGUGCUGAGGUCUGGUGCCCUAUGCCGGCUGACUUUUACGACCAAUAUCUGACUACCAGCCCCCGAAACCGGCCUCUGUUUUGCGCCAUGAACCCAAGGAAAUUCCAAGCUUGUCAGUAUCUGAUCAAGUACCACGAGAACCGGGGCGAUAAGAUCAUCGUCUUUUCAGACAACGUCUACGCCCUCGAAAUAUAUGCCAAGAAGCUGAUGAAGCCGUUUCUGUACGGUGGCACCAGCAUAUCCGAGCGCCAGGAGAUCCUCGACUACUUCCGCAACUCACCAGCCUGUAGUACCCUCUUCCUGUCUAAGAUCGGUGACACAUCGCUUGACCUCCCCGAAGCAACGGUCCUGAUCCAGGUGUCAGCGCAAUACGGUUCCCGUCGCCAGGAAGCCCAGCGUCUCGGCCGGGUGCUGCGGGCCAAGCGCCGCCACGAGGACGGUUUCAACGCCUUCUUCUACUCCCUCGUGUCGAAGGAUACCGUGGAGAUGGUGUAUUCGGCCAAGCGGCAAGUCUUCUUGGUGGACCAAGGCUACGCCUUCAGGGUCAUUACGCGGCUCAAGAAUAUCGAGAACACGCCCGGCCUUGCCUUCGCGACUCCCGAGGCGGAACACGACCUACUGCAGAAGGUGCUGGCGGAGUCGGAAAGUAGCGCCUGGAAGAAAGAGGAGGAGAAGGAAGCUGCCGGGUUGCUUGCGGAUGGCAACAUGUUUUAUGGUCGUGGCGGGAGGGCGGCGCGAAAGAGAGGCUUUCGUGGUCACUGGUCCCGGCCGGGCCUAUGACACUGUCAAGUUCUCUCGAAAGUCCUCGAGGGCAUGCCUUGAUUUGCUUCACUCCUUAGCUCGUAGGGGACAUGAAAAAGCGGUAUAGGCGGUGUAUUCCUUUCCCCAAGGCAAUGCCGCUGUAUUGAAGGUUUGCGGUUGGUUCAAUGGAUUGAAGGAGACCCUCUACUUCUUUUCCACCCCUGCCCGUUUUUGAUUACGCGGGGCUUUCAGUUUCUUGUCUGCCUUCCCUCAGGUAGGUAGUUGCGCCUCUCC